ACGAAUUCUCCCUCAUUGCACACCAACCCGACAGAAUGGCGACCAGAAACUCCCCCUUCGAUCUCUCCAAAUGCGCGCGCCCCAACAUCCUCAAAUUGCAGCCUUACCGUUGUGCCAGAGAUGACUACAAAGAUGAUGGGUCGAACAUCUUGCUUGAUGCCAACGAGAACGCCUAUGGCCCCGGUCUGGCUUUGAACUCGGAAGGCGCAUUGGAGAAGUCUACAGUGACGGGAUCCUCGACGGGUGCUUCCAAACCAGAGAUUGAUCUCCUGGGUCUGAACCGUUACCCCGAUCCUCACCAGGUCGAGUUGAAAAAGCUUUUCUGCCAACUGCGCAACACCCACACUCACACUGAGAAGGACCUUGGGCCCGAGAACCUCUUCGUCGGUGUCGGAUCGGACGAAGCCAUUGAUGCGCUCCUGAGAUGUUUCUGUGUUCCCGGCAAGGAUAAGAUCCUCACCUGCCCUCCCACAUAUGGCAUGUACGGGGUCAGCGCACAAGUGAACGACGUCGAGAUUGUCAAGGUGCCUUUGGACGUGAACAAUGGCUUCCAACUGCAGCCAGAGAAGAUCAACGAGGCGCUUGCGGCAGACUCGUCGAUCAAGAUGGCAUACAUUUGCUCGCCUGGAAACCCCACGGCAAACCUGAUCAAGAAAUCGGACAUCCAGAAGGUGCUUGAGCACCCUACAUGGAACGGAGUGGUGGUUGUGGAUGAGGCUUACAUCGACUUUGCCCCGGAGGGCUCCAGUCUCGCCGAAUGGGUGAAGGAGUGGCCCAACCUGGUGGUCAUGCAGACGCUGAGCAAGGCCUUUGGCUUGGCGGGUAUCCGAUUGGGUGUUGCGUUCACGAGUCCUCCGAUUGCAACCCUCCUCAACAGCCUCAAGGCUCCGUAUAACAUCUCCAGCCCUACCAGUGCACUUGCCACGGCGGCUCUCUCACCAAACAGUUUGGCCGUGAUGAGGAAGUACCGGGAGCAGAUUAUUGCCCAGCGAGACCGGUUGGUGCAGGAGCUGCCCAAGAUCCCGGGUGUCGGCCGUUUCCUUGGCGGCCAAGAGGCCAAUUUCCUUUUGGUCGAGCUACUAGAUAAGCCAGCUAAUGAGGGAGGCAAGGCUAGUAAUGCAACUGCCUUGGCCGCUUACGAGGCCAUGGCCGAGAAGAGGAGUGUUGUGGUGCGGUUCCGUGGUAAGGAGCUGGGGUGUGAGGGCUGCCUGCGUAUCACUGUAGGAACCGAGCAGGAAGUCACCAAGUUCUUGCAGGAACUGCGGGUGGUCCUGCACGGUAUCCUCAACGGAGAGAACAUACAGUCUCUCAGAGACCAAGUGAGCCAGAACUAGGCUUAUCGACAUGACGAGUCUAGACCUUCUUGACCUUUGAUUGUACAUUUCCAAGCACCGGGUAUAUUAAAUUAGACAUAGAUCGAGACAAUGACAAAAGUCGGAUCGUUUAUCAUUAGAGGAGGACAAUGCUCCGGGAUUAGCAUGGAUCUGCUUGCUUAUGGGCCUGGACUGCAAUUCUUUGCUCCGUGAGUACUCGGCAUUGACCGGUCGGGACGCCGACGAAGCGCCAGCGAUGAUGUCGGCCCCGACCGUCAGUAGGGGCAUGUUGGGCUUAUCUAUGUACAGAGUUUGGGGGGACCCAUGCUCUGGCCAUCCAUGGAAGAAAAGCAAGCUGGGAAUGAGCGAAUCAGGCGGCUACGGAGAUAAAAGGUC